ACGUAUCCGGAAGUCACCGUGGCCUAGUUGGCUUUAGAGGCUCUUACAACUUUGAAGAGCGAGAGGAGGAUUGCCAAACGAUGGCUCCGGUGUCGCGGUCGAGGAGCCCAGCGGCGUCUCCCUCCUCUCGGCGGGGACGGGCCGCUGCCUCGGCCAGCCCUUCCCCGCCAAGGUCUAGCCGGAGUAGCAGGAGGUCCCGCUCUAGGUCUCGGUCCCGCGAGCGCAAUGGCUUCAGGCAGCGUCUUGGUCCUCCACACCACUUUAGCCACCGACAUGGGCCGGAGCAUUAUGGCAAGGAGCAGGAGGAAUCGCUGCGACAGAGGAGGUUAAAUGAGAGAGAGAGAAUAGGUGAACUUGGAGCACCUGAAGUUUGGGGAUUGUCACCAAAGGUUCCAGACCCAGAUUCUGAUGAACAUACCCCAGUAGAAGAUGAAGAUGGAGUAUCUAAAAAAAGCAGCUCUUCUGAUUCCAGUUCAGAAGAUGAGGAAGAAAAAAAGAAAGCCAAGAAGAAGAAAAAGAAGCACAGAAAAAAGAAGUCUAAGAAAAAGAAGUCUAAGAAGAACAGGAAAGACUCCAGUGAUUCAAGCAGUGAAGAUUCUGAUGACGAAGCACUGAAAGGGGAUGAGCUCUGGAUUGAGAGAUCAAAAAACACAGAUGGUGUGGAUUUCAUAGGACCUGAAGCUCCCAUUACUCAUGCUUCUCAAGAUGACCGACCUUUGAACUAUGGACAUGCCUUGCUCCCUGGUGAAGGUGCUGCCAUGGCAGAGUAUGUAAAAGCUGGGAAACGCAUCCCUCGGAGAGGUGAAAUUGGCCUAACCAGUGAAGAGAUUGCAUCAUUUGAAAAGUCUGGCUACGUAAUGAGUGGCAGCAGGCAUCGGAGAAUGGAAGCCGUGCGUCUCCGUAAAGAGAACCAGAUCUACAGUGCGGAUGAGAAGAGAGCCCUAGCAUCCUUCAACCAGGAGGAGAGGCGGAAGAGAGAGAACAAGAUCUUAGCAAGCUUCCGGGAGAUGGUAUACAGAAAAACGAAGGGUAAAGAUGACAAAUGAGCUGUUGGCUUCCUCUUGAUAGAGAACAAGCUUGCAUUGACAUUGGUGAAACUCACCUGCUAUGGUGAUUUGCAAACAAUUUGUCCAGUAAAGCUGCCCAAAUUUUGGGGUCAAUUUCUGUGUGCCAGUUAAACACCUUGACAGAUUGGCUUGGAUGACCUGUUCAUCAGCUUGCAGAGCACUGGAAAUCAAAGAAUGAUGUGGACCUACAGGAAACAAGAUGAGGAAGGUGUGUCGCCAUGCAAAAUUUACCAAAAUAUUGCCAGGAAGGUGGUGAGAUAUACUGCCAUGGCUGGAUAUUUUGCUCACUGCUGGAGAAAUGACACCUUUCUUAAAAUUCGAACAGCACAGUAGCUGAAGCUCAUGACAGCAAAACAAAACCAAAAAUAAAAUAAAUGGGCUUCUGAAAGACAAGCUGUCUUGUAGUAUAUUCUUGGUUAAUGCUGGACCUAGUCUGUGACAGACAAGGAAUUGAAGUGAUAUAUUUUAUUGGACCAGAGACUUAAAUAGAUUCACUCUAAUCCCGUGGGCCCAAUAAAACAGCAAUGCUCUUAAUAGGAGCAUCCCCUCUUGAACAUUCUUCCCUAGAACAGAUGAGGUUGGUUAGCAUCUUUUGUUGUGUUCUUAUUUUAAUAGAGCAGAGUGACUUAAUUUUAUAGAUUCCUGUAUAUUUGGUUUCCUCACUUUGGAAUUGUCAUAAUCAAUAUAUGUAUAUAUUUAACAUACAAUACUGGGAUCCUGGUCUAUAAUUUUACGAAUUGAGAACUGCUUGAAGAAAGUAGCCAUUUUACUGCCUGACAUUGUGUAAAUAAUGUUUUGCUGUGUAGAGGGGUGGCAUGGUGGGGUAAACCUAACAUUUUUAUUUUGGAUACUCUGUUUCUUGAUGCAUAGUCAUCUGAAUCAUGGUUGAUGUGGGUGAGUGUCAUGAUUUCUGGGUAGGGCCACCACUGCUUCUGAAAGUUUCCCAUAUGACUUACCAAGCUGCUCCUGAAAUUCAGGGGAACCUCAGGAGUUCCCCCAACACAAAGGGCGGAGCUGCAGUCUGGUAAGGGGGGGGGGGCUUUGACCGGUGUGUUCCAAAUAGCUCCCUCAUUGCUAAAUUGAGUAUUUAUUUCUCAAAAUAUGUAUAUUUUUAAAUAAAGCAUUUUCUU